AUGGAGAAAGAUUCACAGGUGCAGAUGCUCCAAGAAAUGGGGUUUUCUAAUGAGCAGGCUAUAACGGCUUUAAGAGCCACUGGCCAUGAUCUCACAAGAGCAAUCGCCUAUCUUUUCGGAGAAGAAGAAUCGAAAGACCUUGCUCCCCCUACAAAUGCUAUAGAUACUUCAAGAGAAGAUACGGUAAACAUAUCAAAUCCACAAGAAUUGCCUGAUUUUUUGAGCCAAAACGUAUCUGGGGAAGCGUCGGAAAUCAUGCCUAUGGGUGAUCUGUACCACGAUGAAUAUUCAACUCGUUAUGAGGAAGACGUACAAGCGAUGGAGAGUGGUAGUCUUCCGGACAAAGAAAACAAAGUGGUUUAUUCUAGUGACGACAGCAGUUUGGAGGACAUGCCUUUCAAUGGAUUGGGUCCCAAUAUCAAACAAGAAGGGCAUCUUUUUCCAAUUAUCGUUUCAAGUUCAUCAAGAUAUAAAAUCUGGGUGGCAUUACUUAUGAUACUAGUCAAAUACCCUCCUUUUGUUGAAGCUGUGCUCAGCGAAAAUAAUUCAACCGGGUUCUUAAGGGAAUUGCAGCGCAUAGUAUACUUUGUACAAAAUUUCCACAGAAGCAAACGGUAUUACAUCAGUGCCGAUGAACUUUUCGAAACACUUUCUGACGAAAGCGAAGAUUAUACUGAUGAAGACGCGGUGCUCAACAUAUAUGAACAGUUGAUACAAUAUCAUGAAGGAUUGGCAACGGUGCUCAGAUCUUGGGUUGAAAGCUUAGAAGAGGAGGUGACGAAAGAUAUUUCUGUGCUCGAGAUCUAUAGUGAUGCUAGGCGACCCACACUUUACCAUAACUUGAAUGAAUUGUUCUGGCAAGAGAGCUUCUCUAAACUAGGGGUGGUAAAGUACAAAAGUGUUGCUCCGAUCGUAACUUAUCAGCUUGUUGGUGACGACCAAGGCUAUGCAACACCGUUCGAAAUGGAUGAAUAUGUGUACCCAGAAAUUUACAGCGACAUAGCUUUGGAAGAGGUGAAAAAAGAUGUUGAGGCAAUGAAGCAAGCAAAGUCAGACAUCACAAAAUCCAGACAACGGACCAUGAAUUUGACGCUAUUUGAAGGGAAGCGCAUUGAGAGCCUACUUAAUCAGACAGCAUCAGUGCUUGAACCACAUGAUGAAGCGUCGUCAAAAGAUUUGCGAAGUGUCAUUAAAGAUCUUUCAGAUCUUCGCAUUAAGGAAGCUGGUAUUGAACAGAAACUACAACAAGUAUCCUCAGGAUAUGAGUUGGGCCAUUUCGAUAACGUGAUUAAAUCUGUGCCCGAUAUGAGAAGGUAUAGUCUUUUGGGAGUGAUUGCGGAAGGUAAAUAUUACAUGCGGGUCGAAGAUACGUGGGUACAAAUGGAAGAUGGUAUUUUUGUGGAUUUUGAGGACAUCCAAGCAGAUGUGAAUAACUUGACCCGAAAUGCGCUGAACUCAGUGACAUUGAUUUACGCUGCCGAAAUUUUUUUCGAGACACUUUCGAGCGCCAACGCAAGUGUGAGCGUCGCAAGUACUCAAAAUGAUGCAUGUGAACAAAAUGAAGAGCUGCUACAGGUAAACCUGGAAACACGUCCAUGCAUUAUCAAGGAUACGGAAAAAAGCCCUAUUCCACUGCAAGAAAUUGGCGCUUUAAGCCAGGGUAACUCAGAUCACGAAAACGAUCAACUCUCAUCCUCUGAUAGUCUUAGGAAGCACAAAUCUUUGGAGGCAGAAUUCUUAGAAGAGGAACAGAUGAUUGCUGAUAGCAUGUGA